CAGGUGUUCCCACUCCCUGUGUCCUUUGUAUACACAUAUUCAAAUCACACAAGGUAGUAGGCAGGAUAGAGUCUGUUAACUCAUUACUAAUUUCCCUGGCAAAUAAGCCAGCAGCUGCUGGACCAAGCACUAACUUAGCACUGAAAAGAAGAUAUUUGCAUGGGACAGGAUGCUUUCAUGGAGCCCUUUAGCAACACAUUUUGUGACUUGCAGUGCAAUAUAUAUUUUCUACUUUUAGGUAUUUGUUCUGCGCUAAGACUGACAGUACCAUCACAAACUAUACAUGGCAUUGAAGGACAACCUCUCCAUCUUACUGUUGAUUACAAUUUCAACACUACAGCUUCUGAAAUACAGAUAAUAUGGCUAUUUGAAAAACCUCAGAGUAACCCCAAAUAUUUACUUGGCUCUGUGAAUCAGUCAGUAAUACCAGACCUAGAAUAUAAGCAUAAGUUUACCCUCGUACCGCCUAAUGCGUCUUUGAUGAUCAAUCCAUUACAUGUUACUGAUGAAGGCAAUUACAUUGUAAAAGUCAAUGUCCAUGGAAAUGGGACAAUAUCAGCCAAUCAAAAAAUUCAAGUUACUGUUGAUGUUCCUGUCACAAAGCCAGUUGUACAAAUUGAACCUUCUUCGGGGGUAGUGGAGUAUGUGGGGAACAUGACGUUAACCUGUGUUGUUGGAAAAGGUACAAGGAUAGGAUACCAGUGGAUGAAAAAUGGGAAACUUAUGUAUGCCGGUUCUAGUUACACCUUUUCCUCAAACAAUGACACAGUUUUAAUUGUCCCCGUCAUGAAAGAAGACAUUGGGAAUUACAGCUGUUUGGCAACUAAUCCUGUGAGUGCGAUGGAAAGUGAGAUAAUUACACCAACUAUAUUUUAUGGACCUUAUGGACUAACAGUUAAUUCAGAUAGAGGACUGAAAGUAGGAGAGGUGUUUACAGUUGAUAUAGGAGAAGCUAUCCUAUUUGAUUGCUCAGCGGACUCAAAUCCUCCCAAUACUUACUCUUGGAUCCGAAGGGCUAACAAUACUACACAUGUUAUCAAAUAUGGACCCCACCUGGAAGUUGUAUCUGAAAAAGUGGCCCAGUCAACAAUAGAUUAUAUGUGCUGUGCUUACAACAAUGUGACUGGAAAGCAGGACGAAACUCAUUUCACAGUGAUCAUUACAUCUGUAGGACUGGAGAAACUUGCUCAGAAAGGAAAAUCUUUGUCAUCUCUAGCAGUAAUAACAGGAAUUUCAUUAUUUUUGAUCGUAUCUUUGUCCCUUGUAUUCUUAUGGAAAAGAUAUCAGCCACAUAAAGUUAUACAUCGGAAGUUGCAGAGCAGGCCUGGAGCAGAUUACAGAAAAGCACAGACAUUCUCAGGGCAUGAAAGUGCUCUGGAUGACUUUGGAAUCUAUGAAUUUGUUGCUUUUCCAGAUCCUACUGGUGUUCCUACAGUUCCAAGUCAUUCUGUUUCUAGCUCUGACUUUGUCCAAGGGCAGGAUUUACACAGUACAGUUUAUGAAGUUAUUCAGCAUAUUCCAGAACAACAGGAAGAUCAAGAAGGUACAUGAAGAUGCAAGCACAGCAAAUCAAGAUAUCCUAAUACAUAUGAUCUAUAUGUUUACCGGAAAUGGAAAGCAAAUGGCAACAGCUUUCAAAAUGGC